GCGGACCCGAGGGCGGCGGCGCGGGGGCGGGGCGGUGGCGCGGGGGCGGGCGCGGGGGCGGCGGCGCCUCGUCCAGUCAGGCGGCUGCGUUCGGGACCCUCCGGCCCGCACGAGGAGCAAACAGACUGACGUACUUUGCCCGCCCCCGCCUCAUCUCCCCCGGGGCUUCCUGGGCUCCCCCGGCUCACUCCUGGAGCGCCUUCUCUCCCCACCGCUCUUGUCGGCCCUUUCUCUCCCAAGCAUCUCAGGCGGCGGCGGCGGCGGCGGCGGCGGCGGCCGAGACCCCAGCAGCAGCAGCGAGCGGCAGGAGCGGGCGGCCGAGAGGAUGAAGUGCAAGCCGAACCAGACGCGCACCUACGACCCGGAGGGGUUCAAGAAGCGGGCGGCGUGCCUUUGCUUCCGGAGCGAGCUCGAGGACGAGGUGCUGUUAGUGAGUAGCAGUCGGUACCCGGACCGCUGGAUCGUGCCGGGCGGGGGCAUGGAGCCCGAGGAGGAGCCGGGCGGUGCGGCAGUCCGAGAGGUGUACGAAGAGGCGGGAGUCAAGGGGAAGUUAGGCCGGCUCCUGGGCAUUUUCGAACAGAACCAAGACCGCAAGCACAGAACGUACGUGUACGUACUGACUGUCACUGAGAUUCUGGAGGAUUGGGAAGAUUCGGUUAGCAUUGGGAGGAAGCGAGAGUGGUUCAAAAUCGAAGAUGCGAUCAAGGUUCUCCAGUGCCACAAGCCCGUGCAUGCUGAAUAUCUGGAAAAACUAAAGCUGGGCGGUUCCCCGACCAAUGGAAACUCCGUGGCCCGGUCCCUGCCACAGAGCGAUCCCUAGUAUGUACCGCUCCUGCACAGACUUCUGCUUUCUGCCUACCUUAGAAUAAAUAGUGCCCGGAGCGCCUCUCAUUCCUUGUGCGGUCUCACGGGGAGGCGGGGGGCUUCUUUUGUUUCCUUGGCAGCCCUCCGAAUCACGCUUGCAGACCGUCUCGGUUGCCAGGCACUGUUUUCAGACAAUUUGCACGUUUUUCAGAUGCUUUGAAAAUCGCUGCUUGGUAGCACUGUAACAGAUUUCGGUAAUCCUAAACCACGUGGGUUUUUUGUUUUGUGUUUAAGGUGCCUUAACUGCUUGCCCAGCCUUUAGCGUGUGUGUUUGUGCAUACACGUUGUAGUUUGUUUUAUAACAUUGCACACACGUGUGUGUGUGUGCAAGUGUGCUUUUUUGGUACCACUCUUGGUUUUUGUUUUUGUUUUGUAGUGAACCCCUUUAAAAUCUGAACAUCUUGGUUGUGGCAUCUUUAAUUUUAUUUUCUUAAACGUGCUAGCAUGCCCUUAUCUGAUGGGAAUU